UCUUUAAUGACAUUUGACAAGCGUAACGAAGCCGCCUGUCGCGCGCUAACGCCAUUUUAUUUUAUUCUUUCUAGAAAUUUUUUCAAUAUUAUUAUUGAAGUGAAUUAUAUUUGUUCCAAAUGGGAAAGGAGAAGAAAAAUGAAACAACCGAUGGGUCUAGCGAGGAGGAAUACGUGGUUGAAAAAGUCCUGAAUAAAAGAACUGUCAAGGGGAAGGUGCAAUACCUGCUGAAAUGGAAGGGCUACAAGGAAGAGGAGAGCACGUGGGAGCCAGAAGAGAACCUGGACUGUGAGGAGUUGAUCAGGGCCUUCGAAGACAACCGGAAGGAGAAGGAGGCCAAAGCGAAAAAAUCUGAUGAGAAUCAAAGCCGCACUAAGAAACGCCGGCGCGACAGCGACGACACGAGUGUGUCGGGGCGCAAGGGACGAGGCACCAGCGUGUCGUCAGCUGAUGACCACCGCGAGUCGAAAAAGAAAGAGGACAAGGCCAAGUCUGGCUUCGAGAAGGGACUCAAGGCUGAGAAGAUUAUAGGAGCGUCGGACGCGACGGGAGAGCUGAUGUUCCUGGUGAAGUGGGCCGACUCGGACGAGGCGGAGCUGGUGCCAGCCAAGGUUGCCAACGUGAAGUGUCCGCAGCAGGUCAUAGCUUUCUACGAAGAGCGAUUGACGUGGCACACCCCAACAGAGUCUGAGUGAUUGUAUUAACUAUAUUAGUGUGUACUAAAGACAUUAUGUGAAGAUGUGUACGUGGUUACUUGUAUUGCGUGUGAGAUGGAUGCAACGUUGCUCAUUUCCUUACCGUGUGCUUAAAACCAGGGAUGUUACGGAUAUGGAUAGUGUUACGGAUUAUGGUUAAGGAGCUCCAUAACAUCCCUGUUUGAUUCAAAAAUUCAAAUUAAUGUUUAAUUUUUAAUAUACAGAGUCCAAAGCGAAGCUAAUCGGCAGCGCUCAAAAUUAGCUUAUUAUUAUAUAGGGCUACAAGAUAAAAGAAAAAAAGUCCCUCUAUUUAAUAACUACUAAGAAAGAAUUUAUUUUUAACAAGGCAUUAAGGCAAGGCACCAAUCUUUCGAGCGCCGAUUCGCUUCGCUUCGCUGGCUGCGUUAAUGUGAAUCAAGCCUAAUAAACUUUGAAGCUACUUUUUUCAAUAUAAUAGUGGUUUUCGUCGAAUAGGAUUGACAAUUUUAUUUCUUUGACAUCUAAAGUUUUAUACUCUAUUAGUUAUCAUUAAUUAUUUCUCGGUUUAUUGUAGCCCCUAAAAUGAACCCUAGGGCCUGAAUUCCUCUGCUGAUGCUCGCCACGUACUAUGCGUACGGUCAGCUUGACCGACAUCAGCGUAUUAUGGAGCAUACAUUUUGAGAAGAAGGAUUUAUAAAAACUUAUUAAAAGACAUCUCCAAUGUGUCUUGUUCAAUAUUAAUGUUAUAAUGUUGGUAAUAAAAAUUGAAGUUUUGAGUGAAGUUAGAAGGAGGUGCGAUGGCGCGUCUGUUGUCAUUUUAAUAUGGCAAUAGAAGGAAUUAUAGCCCUUAAGUAUGUGUAAAGCUAGAAGUUCUCGUCACCAAAGUUGAAAAUGAUCGAUUUACCUAACUGUUCAUUAUCUUUGCAAAUUGUAUUUAUUUUGAAUGUAAAAUUUGCUUAAUAAACUAAGUACAUAAGAAAAUUGAAAAUUGAAAAAAUUAACAAAUUCAGUGUGCAUAUAAUUUUCUUAGUAAUAAUUUCAUGUUAUUUUUGAAAACAAAUUAUAAAAAAAAAUUAUAUUAAAAAUAACGUGAUACUAAACGUGGGUUUGCGUUAAAAUAUCGUCCAUUUCACUCUUGAGUGUGCCCCCGUAAAUGUUGAUUGGAACUGCAUGCGUUCGCACUCGACUUGGCUACCGUGGAGAUCUUAAGGUGCGGACAGACCAAGAGAACGCAUUCGAACGUUACGUAAAGCCGAGCAUUAGUUGGAUGACUGAAAAUUGUGUUCGGAACGGGCUGGCUGUCUUUAUGUACAUUUGAUUAUUUUCAACUUUGGUGACGGUGGGACGCAUUUAAACAAACAAUGUUUUUCUUUUUAUGUUAAUUACCUACUUACUCAACAUAUCUAUGUGUAAUCUUACUUUUUUGUGUUGCCGAAAUUUUUUUAUUACUUAGAUAUAAGUAAAAAAGAAUUAUAUUUUUUGUUGCUUCCUUCAAGUCUGUGAUUAUUUCGUUUCGAGCUAUGAUGCACGUAUAGCUCUGUUCUUAAGCCUCGUCCAUGCCAAUAAAAAUUUGUGCUGUGCGUUGAUUUUUCGUUUUGUGUCGAAGCAUAUAAAUUUUUGACAGCGUCUAUCGUACAUAGCAAAAAUUAACCAAUUUGCGGCAGCGGGCAUACGCCGCAUAUAGUUUAUUGGUGUGGACGCUGCCUUACAUACGACCAUAAUUGUAUUCUAUUUCGGAUAGAUUUGGACAUCGAAAAUUGAUGUAAUGCUUUCAUAUAUUAUGUUUCUAUUUAAAUUGAUUAACAGAUGUCACUGUGCUAUAAAAAAUUGGUUAUUGGACUUAUUAGGAUGCCUGUCAACUGAGGCGGAGCGGAGUGAGAAGAUGUUAUCAGUUUAUUGUUAGGGACUGGUUACAUCAGGCGCCCGAGGCGUGGUGUUCGGUACGCUGCGUUGCGAGCCCUUAUUCAAAUUGUAUGGAUUUCAAAUUUUAUUCAAAUUUUACGUGACGUGGACCAUCAGUUGUUGAUAGAAUAUCAAGUCAUCUUGAAUAUUUUUAUUUCGUAAUUUUACAAUUUCAGUAGACAGGCGCCC